AUGAUAGAGUUGUACGUGGAGUUUGAACAGCAGUCAGGGUCCGGCGCGGUCGGCGAGGAGGUCAAUGUUGAUGAGCUCGGGGAUAUAGAUUGGGAAGAAGAUAAUAAUGACAGUGAAGAGAAGUUCGAAGCUAACUAUGAAGUCGAUGAAGGAGACUUGGCAGGCAAUCCAGAGGUGCAAAAUGAAGCAAAUGUGAUUGUAAGCCAGCACCCAUUUAGUGUUCCCUCUUUUAUGCGGACUCUAGAUCUCGAAGCUAUGCAUGACCCAGAAUUUUCUGAGUAUGCGAAUACGAGUGAAGACAACGCUGCGGCAGAAGAUGGCGAGUUUAGUGUUGGAAUGGAAUUUGGUUCGAGAGAGUCAGUGAUAUCUGCAAUCAAAAGCUACACUAUCUCUAGAGGAGUUGAUUACACUGUGUAUGAGUCUGAGCCGCAGACAUUCUAUGCGAAAUGCAAGGGGUAUGGUGUAGGGUGCGAUUGGCUUAUCCGGGCUAGCUUGAUUCGAAAGAAAGCUUGUUGGGAGAUCAGGAGAUACAAUGGCAAGCACACGUGCACCAUGGGAACGAUAUCACAAGAUCAUGCCAAGUUGGACUCGGACACAAUUGCAGAUGCCAUUAGGCCGUUGGUCGAAUUAGACCCCUCGAUAAAGGUGAAGUCUGUAAUUGCAGAAGUUCAAUCUUGGUUCAACUACACUGUCAGUUACCGCAAGGCUUGGUUGGCAAAGCAGAAAGUUGUUGCUAAGGUUUUUGGUGAUUGGGAAGUUUCUUACCAGACUCUGCCAGUAUGGUUGAAAGCAAUGACGGUUAAAAUGUCAAGGUCUCGUGUUCAAAUCAAAACGCUCCCCGUUUACCGUGAGACUGAGGAGGUUCAAGGUGUAAGAGUUCUGCACCGUAUUUUUUGGAGCUUCUAUCCGUGUAUUGUAGCAUUUAGACAUUGCAAGCCACCGGUGCAAGUUGAUGGCACACACCUUUACGGAAAAUAUAAAGGUGCACUUCUGGUAGCGGUUGUACAAGAUCGGAAUCAAAACAUUGUGCCUAUUGCAUUUGCCAUAGUCGAGGGCGAGACGGCAGACGCAUGGGAGUUUUUCCUGACGAAUUUGCGGAGAUAUAUUGUUACCAUUGAUGGUGUGGGUAUUAUUUCUGACCGCCAUACUUCCAUCGACGCUGCAAUAGCUCGCAGUAACGGUGCAUGGUCACCACCAAGGGCGUGGCACAUGUACUGCAUCAGGCACAUCGGUUCCAACUUCUUAAGGAGGUUCAAGGCUCCAUAUUUGCAUAAACUCGUGGUGAACACAGGCUAUUCUAGGACGGAGCAGGAGUACAACAAAAACUACCAAAGGCUUAAAGAGCGGGGUGAGGCAUAUACUCAAUGGUGCGAUGAGAUCGGUGUUGAGAGAUGGGUGUUGGCAUUCGAUGGUGGUCAUCGUUGGGGACAUAUGACGAUAAUGAUUGCAAAUGGAUAA